AUGAAUGUUAAGGUGUUAGUUGAGGAUGCAGACGCCCAAUUCAAGUUGAAUCAACAACAAAUACAAACUUUUGAUACAAUUCUAGGAAGGGUCAAUUCAGAAACAGACGGUUUAUUCUUUGUAGAUGGGCCUGGGGGAACCGGUAAAACUUUCCUAUAUCGGGGACUACUAGACAAGUGGUGUGGCAGCACACUAUUGCCUGGAGGGCGCAUGGGACACUCAAGAUUUGACAUACCACUACAAGCAAAUGAGACAACUAUGACACACAUGUCAAAGCAAGGCGGCGGGGCAAAACUAAUAAGACAGGCAAAAUUAAUAAGAUGGGACGAAGCACUAAUGGCAAGGCGACACACAGUUGAAACAGUGGACCGAAGCUUUCGCAAUAUAAUGGAUAAAGAUGCACCAUUUGGAGGUAAAGUCAUGGUAUUUGGAGGCGACUUUCGACAGGUACUACCAAAAUCUACAAGAGCAGAGACCGUAGAUGCAAGUAUACUGAGAGAAGAACACACAAUAAAAGAAAACUUGAUAGCGAUUCCACAACAGAUGAUUGUCGAACAAAGUAAUGAUGGAAAUCCAGGAGAAUCAUUGGUGAGGGAAAUUUACCCAACACUUGAACAAAAUUACAGAUCCGCGGAGUAUAUAACAGAACAGGCCAUCUUAGCAACUAGAAAUGAAUUUGUAGAUAAGCUAAAUGAAUUGAUGAUUGAAAAAUUCUCAGGACAGACAAAAACAUACAUCAGCUUUGACGGAAGAUGA